AUGGUUUAUGGGAAUAAAUUAAAUUUCUUAUGGACUUUAGGUUUCUAUCUGGUAGCCAGUCAAACUCCCACCGUACCUUCCAUCGAAGACAAGAAGUUCAUAGAGGACUGUGUCGCAGCUCACAAUGAAAUGCGUCGCACAGUCCAGCCCUCCGCGGCCAACAUGAAAUACAUGACUUGGGAUGAAGGUUUAGCGAAGACUGCAAAAUCCUGGGCAAAUAAGUGCAAAUUUGAACACAACUACUGUCCAGCAAAUCGGUGUCACCCAACUUUUGCAUAUGUGGGAGAAAAUAUUUGGUUAGGUAUUUUAUACCAAUAUAUACCAGCAAUUGCUAUUCGUUCUUGGUAUAAUGAAAGGCAAUUUUAUACUUAUAGUAGUCAACAAUGUACCAAAGUUUGUGGCCAUUAUACACAGGUAGCUUGGGCCGAUUCAUACAAAGUUGGUUGUGCAAUGACAGUUUGUCCUAAACUUGGGAAAGGUGACCCUGUAAUGUUCGUAUGUAACUAUGGACCUGCAGGAAAUUAUGCAGGGGCCCGCCCUUACACUGAAGGAGCAUCCUGCUCUAUGUGCGGAAAAGAAGACACUUGUGAAAUCAGCCUCUGCAGUAAGCAAAAUGAAAAAAGUUUCUAUCUGGUAGCCAGUCAAACUCCCACCGUACCUUCCAUCGAAGACAAGAAGUUCAUAGAGGACUGUGUCGCAGCUCACAAUGAAAUGCGUCGCACAGUCCAGCCCUCCGCGGCCAACAUGAAAUACAUGUCUUGGGAUGAAGGUUUAGCCAAGACUGCAAAAGCAUGGGCAAACAAGUGCAAAUACCAACGCAAGACCUGCUCAGAAAAACCAUAUCAGUGUCAUCCAACUUUUAAAUAUGUGGGAGAAAAUAUUUGGUUAGGUGGAUCAUACCAAUUUAAACCGGAAUUUGCUAUUGGUCUUUGGUGUAAUGAAAAGAUGAUUUAUAAUUAUAGUACUCUACAUUGUUCCAAAGCUUGUGGCCAUUAUACACAGGUAGUUUGGGCCGAUUCAUAUAAAGUUGGUUGUGCAAUGGCAAUUUGUCCUCAACUCCAGGGAGCUGCAACUGCAAUAUUUGUAUGUGACUAUGGACCUCUGUAA